AUGGGAAGCAGCGGCGGCGGCAGCGACGUCGAAGCCGGAUUCGCCAAAUUGCAAGGCGAAGACUUUGAGUACUAUAUGCAAACCUACUCCAUCGUACUGGGCCGAAAUUCCAAGAAAUCCACCGUCGAUGUUGACCUCUCCUCCUUAGGCGGGGGUAUGAACAUCUCUCGCCACCAUGCCCGUAUCUUUUACGACUUCCAACGCCGGCGUUUUGCCCUUGAAGUUCUUGGGAAGAAUGGGUGUUUUGUGGAGGGCGUGCUUCAUCUCCCGGGUAACCCUCCGGUUAAGCUCGAUUCGCAAGACCUUCUCCAGAUCGGAGACAAGGAAUUUUAUUUCUUGUUGCCGGUGAGGAGUAUUCUUGGUGGCCCAAUUGGCCCUAGGCAUCACGUUGGUGUCAACGUCAAUUAUCCCCCCGCCGUUGCUGGUGGCUCUCCGGCGACGCCUGUCCCUCAUCAUGGUCAGCACCAUUCUGGAUUGCCUCCGCCACCUGGGGCGAUGGGGAAGAAAGGGCAUGCUAGAGGAAGGGAGUAUUACGAGGAAGACUAUGAGGAGGAUGGCGGGGAAGACGCUGUUUCCGCUGGUACUGGGGGUAAAAAGAUUCGUCGAGUUGACGGAAUUGAUGGAGCUGGGUAUGGAUAUGGUUCUGGGAGCUCCGGUGGAAAAGCAGGGCAUUUGGAUAAAAAGCUGGAGGGAAGAUCUCGUGUUGAUAGGGACUCUGACAACCAACAGCUUCUUCAGUUGGAAGAAAAGGAUGUCGUAAUAUCUGUUGCUAAUGUGCUCUCUGAUAUGUGUGGUCCUGGGGAUUGGAUGCCAAUGGAGAAGCUUCACUCAGAGUUGUUGGAGAAGUACACUAAUGUUUGGCAUCACAGUCGGGUAAGGAGAUACCUGACAUCUGAUGAUUAUUCUAGUCCUGAAGCCAAGGCAAAGCCUUGGUAUGGAUUGCUUAUGCUGUUGCGGAAAUAUCCAGAGCAUUUUGUUAUCAACACAAGGUCGAAGGGGCGGGUGACUUUGGAGUUUGUCUCCCUUGUUUCAUUGCUUUCAUGA